CUUUAUCUAUUAAUUAAAUACGACAAAGUUUGUUGGUUGAGUUAUCAUUUGAGCUUUUGACAGCUAAAUUUCUUUAUACCAUUCAAUUCAAUACAACUACCUACAGCUUGCUACAAGUACUAUAUCACAAACUCACCUUCCUAUCCUUUUCCCCUCUUAAUUAGCAACUUGCUUCAAAUCUCACAUUCUUCAUUUACUAUAUAUACACCAAACAACUCUUCAAUCUUCACAACAUAUCCAACAUUACCACUUUUACUAAUUCACAACAUCAUGGCUUUUACCACUUGCAACAAAUUACUAGUGCUCCUUUUCAUAAAUGUAGCAUCUGUUGCUGCUAACUUCAACCAAGAUUUUCAAAUUACAUGGGGAGAUGGUCGUGCCAAAAUACUCAACAACGCCAAUCUUCUUACUCUCUCCCUCGACAAAGCCUCCGGCUCUGGCUUUCAAUCCAAAAAUGAAUAUUUAUUUGGUAAAAUUGAUAUGCAACUUAAACUUGUUCCGGGAAACUCUGCUGGCACUGUCACCGUCUAUUAUCUAUCAUCAAAAGGAGGUGCAUGGGAUGAGAUAGACUUUGAAUUCUUGGGAAAUUUGAGUGGUGAUCCUUACAUAGUUCACACCAAUGUGUUUAGUCAAGGAAAAGGCAAUAGAGAGCAACAAUUUCAUCUAUGGUUUGACCCAACUGCAGAUUUUCACACAUACUCAAUUCUAUGGAAUCCACAACGUAUUGUGUUUUCAGUGGACGGGACACCAAUAAGGGAGUUCAAGAAUUUGGAAAGAAUAGGAGUUCCAUUUCCUAAGAAUCAAGCAAUGAGGAUAUACUCAAGCCUGUGGAAUGCUGAUGAUUGGGCAACAAGAGGUGGGCUUGUAAAGACGGAUUGGUCGAAAGCUCCAUUCACUGCUUCAUACAGAAAUUUCAAUGCAAAUAAUGCUUGUAUAUGGAGCAGUGGAAAAUCAUCAUGCAAAUCUUCUCCUACAUCUGCUGCAUCAUGGCUGUCACAAGAGCUUGACUCAACUGGUUUGCAGAGGAUGAGAUGGGUGCAGAAGAACUAUAUGAUUUAUAAUUACUGCACAGAUAAGAAGAGGUUUCCACAAGGACUUCCACUUGAAUGCACACACUCUUAGGACCAUUCUCCUAUGUAGCAUAUCAUCAUUCUUUUGUUUUUUUGUCUUAUAUUCGUUACUUGUUUUUUUUACUUCUAUUUUAUUUAUUAAUUUACCAUGUAACAUAUCACUUCAAGUCGGCGGUUUACAAAUCUACUAUCAAACCAUUAAAAAAAUUCACCAUUUUAUAUAUAUUAUCCUUUUUUUUUCUCAACAA